ACAUUUCACCACGAAGCUUCGUUUUUGCGACCCCACUUGUCGAAUGUUGAUAAUAUACUAGUAUAAUGGAUAUUAAUUUAAUAGUCAGUAUACAUUUUAAUUGCUUUUCACUUUGGUUUUGAUUAUUUUAAUAAUUUAUAAAUCUAAAAUGGACCAUACGAAUAAGGAACCAUUGACAAAAACCGUCCAUAAAAAUCCACCAGGAAAGGCUGUAGGUAUUCAUAAAAAGGAAAUGUUAAUUAAUAUGUACAAAAACAAAACUAAAAAUGAACCCAAUCUUAAAUUCUCGAAAUUAACGAAAUUAUUAUCGCAAGAAACUGGUAUCGGUAUUCAAACAGUUAGAAGUACUGUGCGUAAAUAUAGGGGUGGACAAGCCAUAACUGCAAAAAAAAGAAAAAUUCGACCAAAAAUAAUUGAAAAACUUGACAUUUUAGAAAAAUGCGAAAUUCGUCAAACAAUUCAUAGUUUUUGGUUUAGACACGAAAUACCAACUUCAAAAAAUAUAUUACUUGCCAUAAACGCCGAUCCCGAUCUUCCAUCGUUACAAUUUACCUCAUUAAAAAAAAUAUUAAAAGACCUAAAUUUCGAAUACACGAGAUGGAAUCGAAAUAACUGUGCUCUUACUGAAAAAAAAAAUAUUGUACUGUGGCGUCGAAAAUAUCUAGAAGAUAUACGGCGGUACAGAAAAGAAGGUAGAACUAUUUAUUACUUGGAAGAGACGUGGGUCAACAUCGGUGAAUAUUCUCACAAAGAAUUACGGACCGAUAUAGAAUCGUCCGGUAAAAGCCAACGAUUAAUUGCCGUACACAUUGGAUCAAUCGAAGGUUUCGUCGAGGGAGGGCUUUUAUGCUUUGAACCAAAAAAUAAUAUGUCUAGCUACCAUGAAAAUAUGAAUGGUGACAUAUAUUAUGAUUGGUUUCGUAGCGUUUUGCCUUUACUCGAGGAGAAAUCUGUUAUUAUUAUGGAUAACGCGUCACACUAUUCGGUAGAAAAUCACGUGCCCACCAUGUCCUGGAAAAAAGAUAGUAUUUUAAAAUGGCUGGAAGAUAAAGGUAUAGUAUUCGACGGACCAAUGGUAAAGUUUCAAUUAGUCGAAAAGGCGAAAGAGAUAAGAAAUACCGUUGACAUAUAUAGAAGGAGUGUACAAGAAGCAAUAAAUUAUAAUAAAGCUAUUCUACGUUUACCACCGUAUCAUUGUAAACUGAAUCCUAUACAUUUAGCGUGGUCGGUUGUAAACAGUCACAUGAAAACGAAAAACUGUUCAAGUUCUGAGUUGGACGAUGUACGUCAACUGAUUAAUGAUGGAGUUAAACAGAUAACGCCCGAGAUGAUGACCAAUUUCUUCGAUCGAUCAAUAACAGAAGAAAACAAACUUUGGGACCUUGAUUUCAUUAUCGAUGACAUGUUGGAAGAAGCUGUAACUGCAUCAAACACUGCAGUAACUAACGACUUAGUUACAUCUUCCGAAUCGUCCGAUUAUUGAAGUGAUUAAUGUUUUAUAUUUUUUCAUUAUAACCUACCUAUAUCUACCUAUAAUUCGAAUAUUUUUUUUACGUGUUGGUUAUGUUAAUUAUAUACAUUUUGUUUUUGUGCACAUUUAAAUCUGAAUUUUUUGUGAUAUGCUUUCAUUUUGAAAUGUUUGAUGAUGAUUUACACUAGGUAUAUACCUAGUAUUAUUUAAAUUAUUUUUAAUAUUAUUUUUGACAAACGUUGUGAAAAAGGGCACGAUACGAUUGCGCGCGGUCCUUAUCAGCGGUACCUUUUUAAGCGUACGAUUGCGCGCGCUAUAUUAUUUUUACUUUUAAGCAACGUUGCUAAAUAUAAUAUAGGUCCAUUGGUCCACGGUUAAUCCGUACGAUACUAUAGUAGA